AUGCCUCGCAAAUCAAGUCGUUCAGCUCCAGCUAGGGCACCGAGUCAACAAAAACGUCAGGCUUCCACAUUACCACCUCGUUCAGCACCAGUUCCUGUCGCUCAAACAAAACCUAUUCAACCUAACUCACAAGCUAGCAAUGUUCCAGCGGUUUCUUCGAACCCACAACCUAGUUUGUUAGGACAGGUGGCUUCAACCGCAGCUGGUGUCGCUAUUGGGCAUAACAUUGGUCAUGGGAUCUCUUCUCUUUUCUCGGGUGGUAGUUCGGCUGAACCUCCUGUACAGGAUGCUCAAUCGCAAUAUUCUCCUCAAACCCAAUACGAACAACCUCAGCAUCGAUCUUUUCAAUUCGAUGAUCAGUCCACCGGUGAUAGAACGUGUGAACGAGAUGCAAAGGCUUUGUCUAAAUGCUUGGAACAAAAUAAUUAUAACACCAAUUUAUGCCAAUGGUAUUUAGAUAAUCUUAAGGCUUGUCAACAAAUGGCAUCACAGUUUUAG